GUUUAAUAGAGUCUUUCAAAAUAAAACAUAUUUGUAAUUAACCGAGUGAUCAUCAUGUUACUGAGAAGCACAUCUACUCCGAUACUGAAAUCGUGGCUUUGCUCGAGAGAAUCAUCUCCGGAGCCCGAGUCACAGCUCCAACGCCGAAACAGAUCGUUGUCUAUUCUCUCUUCAAAGUCCAUAGACGGACACACAGGGGAGCUGUUGCACCAAACUCUCUCUGAGCACAAGGACAGUACUGUUCUUAAAUCAAGUAACAACGAACACGAGGAGGGCAAUAACGUAAGAUCAAGCAGGCAACGCAGGUCAUCUUUAGAUGAAAGUUCUACCCAUGGAACAGCUUACCGGAGAAAGAUCUUAGAUCCUUCGUCGACCUUUUUAAGGGAGAGGCUAUUCUCGAGCUUUGGACUAGGAGAGAAGGUUAGUGAUGAUGAUCGUCUUGAGACUCUUGUGAGUGGUGGUGGCGACGGUAUGGGAAGCAGCGGUGGCAAGAUAUGUACGGGAAGCGGUGCCGGUGGAAGCGGCGUUGACGGCGGUGGAAGUGAGGACGCCACCGAUGUGUAUUACCGGGAGAUGAUCAACUUGAAUCCUGGAAACUCUCUUUUGACCGGGAACUACGCCAAGUUUCUGAAAGAGGUGAGAGGAGACAUGAAGAAAGCAGAAGAGUACUGUGAGAGAGCGAUUUUGGGGAACACCAACGAUGGUAACGUUCUCUCGCUGUACGCCGAUCUCAUUUUGCAAAACCACGGUGAUCGUAAAAGAGCACACUCCUAUUUCCAACAAGCUGCCCAAAUGUCCCCCGAAGAUUGCUACGUGCAAGCUUCCUACGCAAGGUUUCUGUGGGAUGUGGACGAGGACGAAGAUGAAGUAGAAGUAGAUGGAGAAGAAGAGCAAACGAGUGAUGAAAUUGGAAGCAUGAUCUUCCGUGACAUUUCCCAACGCUCUGCUAUUUCCACACAGUCAUAAACACAGUUAUAUAGACCUUCGUCUAUAGUUGUAUCCAAGCAAAUCAAUAAAAACUAUAGUAUGUAAUAUGCAUGUUUAAUACACAUAUGCACGUGUAAAAUUACUACAUGUUAAGAUAUGUUCUGUACACUUCAAAUAUAUAGCUAUAUAUGUUUU